AUGAAAAUCCCGGGCAUUCUAGUCCUGGUAACAUUCCCGGGGAGGCCCCGCCCCCUGCCGAACGUUCGUACCCCCAGUGUUCUAUUCUGUGUAACUUUCCGGAGAGGCCCCGCCCCCCGCCGAACGUUCGUACCCCAGUGUUCUAUUCUGUGUAACUUUCCCGGGGAGGCCCCGCCCCCUGCCGAACCUUGGUAUCCACAGUGUUCUAGUCCUUGUAACUUUCCCGGGGAGGCCCCGCCCUCUGCCGAACGUUCGUACCCCAGUGUUCUAUUCUGUGUAACUUUCCCGGGGAGGCCCCGCCCCCUGCCGAACGUUCGUACCCCCAGCGCUCUCUCUCUCCCCAAACUUUCCCCGGAUCCAGGAAGCCCAAUACCCUGGGAACGGUCGCCUCCGCCCGGUGGGCUGUCUCUGCUCGGCGGGUCCGAGCCGGGCUUUCCACGUGCUCCUGAGGAGGCGGCUGCGGGAUUCACCCCCUCGGGCUCUUUGGUCAUUGCGGCGCGCGGAGGCGGUGGAGGGAGGUUUAUUUAUUGACGCACAUGUGGGGUUAAAUUAAACACUGAGGAAAAACAAUCGUGGCUGUUGUUUGCACACAGUGCGGGCGUCUUGCUCCUCCAAGCCCCACUCCUAGCCUCUGCUCUCAGGGACCUAGGAGUAUUGAGCCCCUACCCCCCCCCCCGCCUCGUCUACCUCCUCAGGGUCCCAGGGGUCCUCAUCCCCGAGCCCCCCUUUUCAUCCAGGGACCCUAGUAAGGGUCCUGAGCUCCAGUCCUUAUUCCUAGGGGUCCGCAGCCUUUGUCCUUUUUUCACGUUUGGGGGAAACCAAGCGUCCUGGCUCUCCUUGCCUUAAUUUUUUUUUUUUUUUUUUAGAGACUCGGGGAAAUGACACGCAGCCCUGUGGGCUUGAGGAGGGGGCUGGGGCUCUGAAGCGAGUCUGAGUCAGGAAGCCUCAGGCCCCCCUACUCCUCCUCUCAUGACCCACAGGAAGCCUCAAGCCCCACCCUUAGGAAGGAAGCAUUGAUCCUCCCUCGGCAUUCAUCUCCCUUCUGCCCGCAUGGUCCUCCUCCCUCAGUCUUACCCAGAACCUUUAUCCUUUCACCCUAUCCAAAAACAAAUCUGAUAAUAAAAAGAAUCAAGAACGUGGGUGAGGUUUGUCCCCAGAAGGGAUGAAGAGCAGGGCUUCUGAAUGCUUGUACUGGGAUGGACUUCUUACCUCUUUGACCCACCGGCAAAGCUUAAAGACUCCUCCAAAUGUUGUUUUUCAAUGCAUAAUGUAACAAGUGUAGGUUACAAAAGAAACCAAGAACUUUGAGAUAAAGGUAUAUAUAUUUUUCCCAUCCAAAUACAUGGACCUUCUAAAAUCUAUCAGCAGACCCCAGGUUAAGAACCUCUGGAUUAGUAGGCGUGAUCCCAGGGAAAGAGUGUCUAUCUCCACAUCUGCUUUUAGGGGUCUCAGUCUUUUUUUUUUUUUUUUCCAACUUCAACGCUAAAAAAGAGCAUUUUUCCAUUCACAAAGCAGAGCACAUAAGAGGAUUUUAUGUGAAACCCUGAAUCUCCAUUUCAUACUGUGUUUGGAAGCACACAAUAAAUCCUACAGGUUAUUUUCAAAA